UUCUAUAUCCCGUCUUGCGCUGCGUGAGAUAGAGAUAGGUGACAUUCAUGCAUCGCUCGUUUUUUUUCUUAUGGAUAUCUCCUCCAGGGAGAGGUCGUAAGGGUCCGAGUGAUGCGGAUAAGCGGUACAACAACAGAUCGAAACUGUAUCGCGACAAGCUGUGGGCUCUCGACUGGGUCGGAGUGACCGGCGAGCCCGGUUGCGGUGCUUCUGUGUUUUUGACGGAGGACGAAGGGGCGACCUGGUACUGUUGUGGUGGCAUCAUCAGGUCUGAAAUUCACAAGGCCACGAUGGAGAAGGGCAAGGUCAACGAGGGAGACUUAAGGAAGUUCUUCCUCACUUCAGUGUACGAUGAACAGGGUGCCGACAAGGUCAAGACUGACCACAAGGUCAUCCUCGACCUUGCUCUAUUCAAGGGGUAUGGUCAGAAGGCAUUCGCUAUGAAAGUCGUCGGCAGCAAGGGAGAUGGGAAUGAGUUUAUAAUGCUCUUACCCGUUGAAUUCCUUAGCAAGACCAACGGGUAUAGGAAAAGUGGUCAAUUCCCGACGGUCGCCGCUGGUCACCAUCUCACGAUGCCUCUUGUGUCGUUCGACACUCCUGUCGAAAGUCUCGCAGGCUUAUCGACGUGCUCUAGCGAUCGGCGGCAGGUUGUAUCGACAACGCAACAACCUAUUGGCGGGAAACAGAAAGUCAUUACUUGCUCAAGGCGUUCAGCGGGUGGGUCAUCGACGACGACCCCGAAGACGAUGGAGCUCGCCAGACGUCCUUUGAAACUUCCAGAAAGCUCUCGUGUUGUUGCCAGCUCGCGCUCGCGGGACACCCCGCAACAUCAAAUGGACGAGGAGUCGAACGAAGAAACGGAGGAAGACGAACGGGUUCGUAAAUUGGAUUCGCGGUUCUUGGCAACAGCUGGGCACAACCGGGGCGAAGGCUCUUGCGAUGUGAAUGUGAGGCGGGAAGCUGGUGGAGGUGGCGAAGCCCGGCUUGGGGGCGAUGGAGAAUAUGACGAAGAUGAAGGCGAGUGUGGUAGUGGCGAGCGACAACAAAACGUUGGAGGUGGGGCACCCCAUUGUGAUGGAACGGUGGAGCAAAUGAAGUGUGACAGAGUUGCGGCGAGUGGUGGGGUGGAAUAUGGCGGUCAGGGUGGUUCGGAAAUGGAAGACGGCGAAUUGGAAGACAAAAGAGGAGAUGUCGGUGUUUCCGCGGGGCUGACUUCCAAGAGGGGGGGAAAACGCAAAGCGGAAGAGUCGCCGACGCCAGCUGCGCCUAAGAAGCAGGCUCGAAGGAAAGCUGUGGACGAAGCUCGGGUCGCCUUGGAUGCAUCUCAAAAAACGCUUGGUGAACCCGAUGUGAAGCGCAAAUCAAGUGCUCGGAUUCGCAAAAUACGACUUCUGCGACGACGCUCAAGGGGUGGCCCCUCGCUCGACGUUGAACAGGAGACGAAGAAACCCAGUGCGGUCAACAUGACGCAAUGCUACUUCCUCGAGUACGAUAAGGAAGGCAAAAAGAGAAGAGACCCUCCGAGAGUGGUAAUUGAUGUUAUGCAAAUCCUUCGAAUUCCGGAGGGAGAUAUCACCUUCAAUCAGCGAUCGCUGAACAUGGCCAUCCUUCCAGGCCUCGAUGCGGCUAUCAAGUCGUCGACUGGGCCAAGGGCCGAGGAUGAUCCUGCUCCGUGGGAACCACCAGAGUUGGUGUUGGCUCCAAUUACGCCAUGGAAGGACGAUCCGGACAGGCAAGGGACACGAGUCCUUCGAAAGGACUUCGAUCCCGAUAGGGCGGACGAGUACUUCUAUUACCCGGUUGCCGGCCAGUAUACUUCCGAAGCCAUGAAAAGAGUAGUGGCGAGGAAUUCCACAGCAGUGGACGUGUUCGGCUUUCGAAAUUAUGAUCGUGUACGGAUCAUUUAUUUCGACGACGACCACACGAAUGGAGAGGCGAAUGAGUGGAAGGAGGGGUUCUUCUUCGACUAUGAUAAAAUGGAGCAAAGGUUUGGCGUAAAUGCAGGCGAAUGGGAUGAGGAAAGGGAUAGGAUCCCUUUGGAAUAUGUCCGGAGGGUUCUGAAAAGACUCGGUGGAGAGCAAGAACAAAAAGAUUUGAAAGGAGUUGGUCUAAAGGCCACGGAGGCGUUGUACAGGGACACGCCAUUCCAUUUCAAGUACUUUGUGUACCACGCCAUAGGGAAAGUGGACUUGCUGACAGCCGAGUUGGGACGGUUGAAGAACGUUGCGCUUCAUCUGUGUUGGGAGAAGAAAGGGCGACGGUCGACAUUGUUGCCGGUCAACAUGCACCCGAAGGAGUUGCUGCCCGCGGCCGACGAAAUUGUGACAGCAGCCACGAACUUGAAUUGCAAGGCCGCCAUCCUCGAUCUCGCAAACCCGAACGACUGGCUUGCAUGGUCGCCGACCGAUUUCGAUGCUCUGCACAUAAUGAUGUCGAAAUUGUACGGCAAUAAUUUGAUAUUGAUUGUUUUUGCCCCACAAAAACAACAGAAGAUCGUCAUGCGACAACUUUACAACAAGGACGACGUAGAGCAAGUCGAUUACAAGGACACGAUGGCGAUCGUCCUGCAUGCCAAGGGCGGCGACCUCAAGAAGGUCACGAGGGUCCCUAAGUCGGAGGCGGAGCUAGUGGAGCUCAACUUUGAGGAAGACAAGUUCAAGAGGUGCACAGCAAAGCAUGGCGGCGGCGAAGGAAACGAACGAGAGGAAUAUGGGCGGUGGGAACGACAUCCGACACGGUUGCAGAAGUUAUGUAGUUCGUUUCUGCACGAGGAUCAGGGGGUGAUACUUAUCGGAAAGCCGCAUGCUAGACUGGUGUGGGAGCUUCUAUGCGCAGGCUAUCAUGUUUUUGCAUGUGACGCGUCAUCCAAAGACAUCUCGUACUUGACGAAGGCAAUCGACAUUCUUGGGAGGGACACGAGAAACGAUUGCACGGUUGAGAGGCAGAAGACUGCGCAACGUCCGGAGAGAGAUAUGUACCACAAGCUGGGCAAGAAGAGAAACAAGAUGUGGGACUAUCUGUUCCAAGGCCAACCCAAGUCGCCAUUUGAGCAUGACUACAUAGUUCGCAAAGCGAUGGCACAGGAAGCAUAUGGUGGUUACCACAAAGCUUAGGUGGGUGUGUUUGCGAUGUUUGUCGCGCGAUGCGAGCAACUGAAGU